UGUUUACGUACCGCGUCACCAGGAACGUGACGCUCCGUCAGAUUCUCACAGAUGCUGAGGCCCAAUGUAAAGAAGUGAGAUGUCUGCUCUCUCAGAGAUGGAUUCUCAGAACCUGACAUGCAUCAUCUGCUUCGAGCGUUUCCGGAUCCCUUGCACCAUCCCCUGCGGACACACCUUCUGCCAGCAGUGCAUCACCACGCACUGGGACACCAAGAGCAAAGCGGCCAUCGGCCCAAUGUGUCCGAUCUGCCAGGAGCAGUUCCACACCCGGCCCGCCCUGAAGCGCAAUGUGUCCCUGUCGGUGUUGACGGAGGCAGCGAACACCUCGUCCUCCUGCAGGGAGGUGGUGAAGGGGGGAGACGGGGGGGGAGCCAUGCUGCUGUGCGACCGGCAUAAAAAGCCUCUGGUAUAUUACUGCCAGCAGGACAAGAUGUCUGUGUGCUGCGAGUGCGCCAUCAACCAGUGUGCCAGCCACAAGAUGGUGCUGUUGGAGACGGAGAGGGAAAAUCAAGAGCUGCUGCUGGAGAGGAAAAGUAAGGAAGUGGAGAAACUCACAGAGGAGACGCAGAAAAAUACCAGCGACCUGACGGAUAAUAUCGAUCACGCUAAGGUGACUCUGGAUCAGACGUCCUCCUGGGUCAACACCAAGUUCUCCUCUCUGAUUAAAAUGCUGACAGAGAAGCAGGAAGUGACGCAGCGUUUCAUCGAGGAUCAGCGAAAGGAAGCCAUCAGCGAGGCGGAGGCUCGGCUCUCUGAGCUGGAGACGCGCUGCCGGAAGCUGAUCCAGAGUCAGGAGGAGAUCAACGCCGUACGAAACCUGCCCGACAACGAGCUCAUCAAGGAAUCUACGGUCAUACAGGUUCCCCACUUCAAAGACAUUCCCACUGACGUCACUCCGACCCUGCAGGAGCGGCUGAGCGGCGUCACGGACGUUCUGUCCAGAGUCUCCAAACUGGUGUCGGAGGAUCUGGAGAAGGCUGUGAGCACCGCCGUGGGUCCGGACAAAGACGGUUCUCCGCAGGACAAGAGGCCGGUCCUCGCUGUGGUGCCGAGUCCAGCCGCUCCCUGCCACCCCGGGGGGAAGGAGGGCCUCAGUGCAUUCCGCUGCUUGCUGACCUUUGACCCCCGCACGGCCAACAGUCACCUGUCUCUGUCUCAGGAGAACCGGCGGGCAGAGCACCUGACCUCUGGACCGCAAUCCGUCCCGGUGCACGAGGCCCGCUUCGACCACACCUGGCAGGUGCUCUGCUUCCAGGGCUUCAAGAACGGCCGGCACUACUGGGAGCUGGAGGUGUCCAAGCCCUGGGCCUACCUGGGGGUGACCUACGACACCAUCCCCAGGAAGGAGAAGGGGAAGAGGUGCAUGGUGGGAAUGAACGACCUGUCGUGGAGCCUGCAGCUGGACGAGCAUCAGAUUGCCGCCUGGCACGGGGGCCGCCGCGAGGCGCUGGCCGGCCCGUCGCAGCACCGCCGCAUCGGCAUGCUGCUCGACUACGAGGCCGGGACCCUCACCUACUACGGGGACGGGCAGACUCGGCUGCACGCCUUCCACUGCGCCUUCAGCCGGGAGCUGUUCCCCGCAUGCUGGAUCGGGGAGGGGGUCAGCAUCACGCUCUGCUCCACAUGAACACCCCCCCCCCGUUAAACGCCUUCCUACAAGCAGAAGAACAGGCUGUUUUUCCUCCACAGAUUCCCCCUGGUUCUGGUUCAUUCUGAUCACUCUCACCACAGUCAUCAUUGCUGAGGGACUGGUUUUAAUCCUCACUGGUUUUAACAGAAUCACUGAGGACUAAAUCCUUUGGUACAUCGCUCCUCCUCCUCUCUUUCAUCUUUUAGGCAUUUAAUCUGACCUUAAGAGUCCUGGUUUUAAGAGAAAAACUGGCAGCUUUUACUCCAGAAGUCCACCUGGCUUUGGUUUAUUGUUGUUUUCUUACCAGCCAUCAAUAAUUACUGCUAAUAAACUGACCUUUAGAAACACACCAGGCCUGAACUUGGUUUCCCUUCAGUACCACACUCCUCUUCUUGUCUUGAAGCAUUUUUUACACUGUUUUAAAGUGUUUUUCAUCUGACAAUAUCUGCCGGUAAAAGCAACAUAACAAGAUCGUUCACGUUCACGAGUUUCGUGUUUUUGAAACCAUAACACCACAGAUUUUGGUAAAAUAAGAAACCUGCAACGCUCAGUGCCUCGGUGCUGUUAACCUCUCACUGCGAGACGUUAGACCGAUAUGCCGGCUUUAAGCCUGAAUUCAUAUUAAAAUGGCUAAUAUGUCUCGUUUUUAAAUGAACCAAAUGCCUCGCAUUAAUGUCACGCUCAGCCAGAAAUCAAGCGUGAAAUUGGUUUAAACUUUGGUUAAAAAAAUCUUAAAUCUAGCUGUAAGAAUUAUGCACACACUUUAUUUGCCCUGUUAAUGUGUGCUGGAGUCACGGCGAGGGUGGGACUCAGGUCGUCCAGAAUAUAGUCCAUAUUAUUCUGAGGCAUCGUCCUGUGAAGUGAAAGCCACAUUACUACUGAGAAUCAGCUUUCUUAUCAUGCCUGCAGCGAGCUGUUCUGGGAUCUGCUGUGUGUGUGUGUGUGUGUGUGUGUGUGUGUGUCUCUCUCUCUCUCUCUCUCUCUCUCUCUCUCUCUCUCUCUCUCUCUCUCUCUCUCUCUCUCUCUCUCUCUCUCUCUCUCUCUCUCUCUCUCUCUCUCUCUCUCUCUCUCUCUCUCUCUCUCUCUCUCUCUCUCUCUCUCUCUCUCUCUCUCUCUCUCUCUCUCUCUCUCUCUCUCUCUCUCUCUCUCUCUUUGGGGAAUCUGCAGUGGAUUUGCACAAGUCGUCCGGCUGUUGACGAUGAACUCUAAGAAGGGAAAAGCACAUCUUCGGGUUCGAUUUCGCCGAAACACAUGAAGCGUUCCCCUCUUCUGAAGCUGGAAUAUGUUGAAUAUGAAAAUGCACUUAAGCAGGAGCUCCUCUAUCACUGUUGGCAUGUUGUACCGUAUGUUAUUCACUGCAUUAUAAUCAUAAACAAAUCUGCAGUGUUGAUGAAUUUCCAGCUGUGAAAAUAUCAGGAGUUUUGAGGCACUGCUACAGUUCUCUGUGUUGAAUGAUUGUACAUCCUUAAUAUGCUUCUUUUUUACUGCCUGUUUCCUCCCUGGUGCUUAAAAAGCUCUUUCAUUUGGUUUUCUUCACAAGACGGAUUGAAAUCUCUGAUUUCUACAAAGAAUAAAGAUGGUAACGGUUGUGAGCCAGGGUUUCAAUGUGUGAAAGUGGGAUAAAUAAAGAGACAGUUGUGUUUCACAUGAAUCAAGAUCCAUUUAAUAAAAUCCAAUGCAUACAGUCA